AUGGCAAUGGACGCCAAAGAAAUCGAGGCCAAGGCCAAGGCCCUGGGCAAGGCCGCGACAUCUAACGAGUCCUCAGUUGUGAUUCUAGGUCUUCUGAAGGAUAUUCAGACAGGAGUCCGAGCCACGGAAGAUCUGCUGCGCCAAACGCGCAUUGGUAUCAUCGUGAACAAAUUCAAGCAAAGCAAGACCCCCGAAGUUGCGCGCCUCUCCAGCGAGAUCGUCUCCAAGUGGCGAACAGAGGUCAACAAGCAAAAGCAAGGUGGCGGAACAGCCGCCGCCCGCGGAUCGAGCUCCCCGCGACCUGCGCAAAACGGCACAGCAGCAUCAACCCCCGCAAGCACCACUCCCACGGACAAGGCUUCAAAGCUGUCCGUACAUCCCGACAAGCGCACCUGGAAGGCAGACGGGGUGGAAGUGAACCAUACCGGAAGCAAAGUGCGCGAUAGCUGCACAGGACUCAUGUACGAUGGACUCUGUCUCGGAUCAACCGAGUCUCCCAAAAUCAUUGUCGCUCGCGCCAUUGCCGUUGAGACCGCGGCCUUCAAGCACCUGGGACCAGAAUCGAAGGAAGAAUACCGCACAAAGAUCCGCAGUCUCUUCCAGAACCUCAAGAACAAGUCCAACCCCAAGUUGCGUGUGCGCGUUCUCGAGGGUGAGAUCACCCCCGAUGAGUUUGUGCGCAUGUCACACGAUGAGCUCCGCUCCGUCGAGCAGCGGGAAGCAGAUGCCAAGAUCCAAAAGGAGAACAUGGACAAGGCCAUGGUUGCCAAGGCUGAGCGCAGUAUCAGUAAAACCUUGCAGUGUGGCAAGUGUGGCAAGCGCGAGGUCACCUACACAGAAGCCCAGACCCGUGCUGCUGAUGAACCGAUGACUCUCUUCUGUACUUGCACUAACUGUGGCAAGUCCUGGCGACAGUGA